ACACGGUAAAUUUAAUGGAAAUGAUUGUCCAAGAAAUAAGUUCCGGUGAGUGUAAUCGAAGUAAAGUGAGGGUCAGAAAGAAGUUCCUCGAGGAUGACCCAUCAAAGGACGAUCCUACUCCCUGCCCGCGCUGCACGAGCCGAGAGCAAAGAAAUAUGGUUCGCUACAUGUACAUCAAUCUCAACGAAGCUAUCUACAAGUGUGAGGCACCGGACUGCAUGUACCCGUUUGGGAACUACAAGUACAAAAACUUUGAAACCAACACCGUGUAUCAGUACGAAAAUCCGGACGAGGUGGUUCCGUUCUGUGAUAUCUCCGGCACAGGGACAACACUCGAUCCCGCGUAUUUCAAUGUAGACUUUGUUCCCCCACAGUUGGACACAAAGCGUAACACAGCGGAAGCAGAAACCAAAUCCCCUUCGUCGAAACCCAUACCAACAUUCGAUGUGGAUGUGUUUGACGAAAUCUUGAAAGAUCUCUGGUCAUCGACAUCAGUGGCAAACGCAACUUCACCAACAGAAACCUCGUGUCCCCUGGCGAAUAGGGAAUCCAAGAAUGAACCAGCGAGUUCUUCCCUGCUGCCACCUGCCAAGAGUCGGAAGUUGGAAAAAUGCUUAAAAGCCGUCGAACAAACUAAAACGAGAAUGCGGAAGAACAUGUUUAAGUACCCGCGAAAACACAAAGUGGUCGAACCGAUUAAUGCGAAGCACGUUGUCGAACCGAUCACCGAAACCAAGCUCCGCAUCACGAAGAUUCCCUGCCAGCUGCCGAAGGAUCUGCGGAGUGCGAACAACGUGGAACUGAAUAACAUUUUAAAGGGACUGGUUUACGAUAAGGAUAUUAAACCGGCGGAGUUUAUGAGCACGCUCAGGAAUGUGACGAGGCGAGCGCACACGUCUCCUUCCGUUAAGACACAGCAGAUGUUACACUUUAUCAACAAAAGCAUGGACAGUCGCGAGAACAAGGAAAGCUUGCGAGUGAUCGCGCCCAGUUCCACCGUGCAGCAAUCCGUACAAACUUUGAACCCAGUUGAUGAUGCACCAGCAUCGAGCGUCUCAGCGAACACAACUACGGCCGCGACAGGGGAAACACCUUUCAUACAGAUAACAACAUGUGAAGCACAGGACAGUGGAGGAAUGGAUUUGUUCAUUAAACUUUUAGAGUAAACCAUGGCCGCAGGUGUUAAAAUAUAGCGGAUAACAAUUCCCAAACAGCAGAAGAGAGAAGCGUUUUAUUUCUAAUAUCGUCCAAUCAGUCAUUGAUCGGUGGUCAGAUGCAAUCGCUCGGCGAAAUACUCUUCCCGUGCCACACCGAUGAUCGCACAGGCGAUCCGAUUACCUGAGUUGCCCGUCGUUUUGCUGUAAUCAUGACCACCACGGCCAAGGUCAUCUUCAAACUCCGUUACCGAC